AUGGAGACCAGAAGAGUUUUUGCAAAAUCAAUUCAACUAGGAAGCAUUCAAGGAAACCUUGUCGACAGAAAGAUCAAAUGGCAAAGACAAACUAAUUCCACAAUUGUGCUCAAUGUUGAUGGUGCCUUUACAGGAAAUCACUCGACUGCUGGAAGAGGUGCGGUUCUUAGAGACCAUAAAGGAAACUGGAUGGAAGCAACUAAAGGAAUCCUCGACAUGGAGAUUCAAAGUGACAGUAAGGAGUUGACCAAGUGUCUUAAUGAGAACAGUCGGGGAGGGAACAACAUGGGGCAGUUGGGGAUUAAAUGCAGAGAUCUCAUUCGGAAAAGUGGUAAUUCUUCUCUGGUGCAUAUAUUCCGUGAACAAAACACUGUUGUGGAUUAUUUAGCAAAGCAUGGGUGCAAUUCUAGAGAGAUCAUGACCCUUUUUGUUUCACCCCCUCCCGGAUGCAUUAACUUUGUGUAUAACGAUCAACUAGGGGCUGUUUGCGAUCGUCUCAUUCUUGAGACGCUGUUUUGUUUAUGA